CCCAUGACGUCAGCGGGCCUGAAGGAGGAAGUAAGACAAUCAACAACUGAACACGGAACAGCGAUAGACCUUAUCAGUAGUGUCUAGAAACAGACUCGGAGUGAUUUUUUUUUUUUUUUAGUUUCGCGUAAUAUAAAACAAUAUGUCCGUAUUUGGCAAACUGUUUGGCGGUGGGGGGAAAGGAGGCAAAGGCCCGAGCCCACAAGAAGCCAUCCAGAAACUCCGUGAGACAGAAGAGAUGUUAACCAAGAAACAAGAGUACUUAGAGCAGAAGAUUAAUGCGGAACUGUUAACAGCAAAGAAAAACGGCACAAAAAACAAACGAGCUGCUUUACAGGCCUUGAAAAGAAAGAAGCGAUAUGAGAAGCAACUGGCUCAGAUAGAUGGCACUCUCUCCACUAUUGAGUUCCAGCGGGAAGCAUUGGAGAAUGCUAAUACAAACACAGAAGUGCUUAAAAAUAUGGGCUUUGCAGCCAAGGCCAUGAAGACAGCCCAUGAAAAUAUGGAUAUUGACAAAGUGGAUGACCUCAUGCAGGACAUCACAGAGCAGCAGGAGUUGGCACAGGAGAUAUCCGAUGCCAUUUCAAGGCCUGUAGGUUUUGGAGAAGACUAUGAUGAGGAUGAGCUCUUAGCUGAAUUGGAGGAGUUGGAACAGGAGGAGCUGGACAAGAACCUGCUGGAGAUCGGUGGCACUGAGGAUGUCCCUCUGCCGAGUGUGCCUUCAAACCCAUUACCCAAGAAAUCUGCUGCCCAAAAAAAGAGAGUAGAGGAGGAUGAGGAUGACAUGGAAGAUCUCAAGGCAUGGGCCAUGUGAAUGUACCCAAUCUGACAGACUCCCAUUGCUCGUCGUGGUUGGCCUUUGCAGGCAAACCUGGGAACCUUCAGAGGGUUUACACUACAAAACAAAAUUUACCAUUGCUCUUGCAGUGUGGCUAAAACAAUCCCAGAACAACAAGAGUUACAAACGAAAAUGGAUAUGAAGCAGGUUAAUCGGACAAUAAAAUCUGAUGACAUAAUAUAUGAAGUGACCCUUAAAUGUUUGGCUAUGGUUAUUUAGGUAAUGAACUGGUGUUUCUAAUUUUUCCUCUUUUUAUAGAAGUGUUUCUUGUUUUUUUACCUCUCUACUAUUCAUAAAGUUUUAUUCUGUCAUGGAGAUUUGCAUGUUUGCCAAUACAGUUUUUAUGUAUAUGGCCAACACACUCUCAUCUCAUCUGAUAUAUAUGAAAUAUAUUUGGUACUGUUGUUUGCUUCUAUCUUUGAUCUCAAUGUGUUUCAUUAAUGUUAUUCAAGCACUUCCAAUAGCAUAAACU